GAAACCUUAUGAGGCUCAAGGGGAUGCGUGCAUCUCUGUGAUUCAGAACACAAACAUGUAUCACGGUACAAGUCAUUGUUGUGCCAUAAAUAUAAUUCCUAUCGGUCGAGGUUCAAAAGGUUUUUCUGUAUAUUCAUCCUUAAAAAUACAAGAUAGCUCCUCUCAGUUAUGCGCUACAGUACUCUUUCGGCCAUUGCCACGCUUGUGGGCAGCGCCCUAUCCAUCUACAUUCCUACAGACCCAUUCCACACCUUAACUCCAACAGGUGCAGCUCCGCUGGGGGCUGUUAGUGACUACCACUAUUCGUUUGGAAUUGCGGUGAAUCCUGUGACUGAUAUGGAUGCAACGCCAACCCGUCUCGCGGAGGUGAAACAGCUCACGAAGAUCUUUACCAAGGUUUCAGUUCUCACCACAACCAUUAGACCUACAUUAACUGCCGCUAUUGCUCACCAAAUUGGCGAUGGACAGGUACAAUUCUUUGCUACUCCAACUUCGUGUCCAGAGGACGGAGCAGAAAGUGAAGCAGAAGGUGAAGCAGAGGAUGGAGCAGAAAGUGAAGCAGAGGAUGAAGCAACAGAGGGUACCGAAUUAGAGUUUGUGCCAGACAUUGAACAAAACACGUUGAAGGAAACCUCAGCUCCAAACCCAAUUGUCAAGACCUCUGCAUCCUCGAAAAAUCUGCACGCGAAGCGGUUCACUGAUGACAGAGAAGAGGAGGACGAGUAUCCAGAGCCGGUACUCGCGGUUGCGUGCUGGAAGAAUAACACUUUGACAAUGUCGUUGGAGAGUUCCGUUCUUACGGAUACUCUUGGGCGUAUUGGUACGAUUGUGGGCAACAACCAGUUCCAGUUUGACGAUCCGCCUCAGUACGGAUGUAAGUAUGCUGCAGGGUGGUCGAUCACCCAAACAGGCCAGUUGGCACUUGGUAGCCAGGUGAUUUUCUACCGCUGCUUGUCGGGUGAGUUCUACAACCUCUACGCGGAAAACAUUGCUCCACAAUGUGGGCCAGUGACCUUUGACGUGGUUAACUUUGUGGACUGUGACUCUGAAGACGCUUACUAAGGGCAAAUUAGCGCAGAGUAUAGUUUAUCGGACAUAAAUUUUGCUUAAGAUCCGAGGAGUAAGUUAGAGUAAUAUAGCUGACAUGAACUGGUAGAGGAUAAACUUUUAGCUUGGGUAGAGAUACUGGUUCGGUCUGUGGAUACUACAGGUGCCGUAUACUGGUCAGGAAACCACAAUUUGGCCGCGUGAGAGCCUUUCCAAAAUAAUGCCAUGUUUAACACUAGAUUUUUAGGGUUCUCAUCCUCGCAGGAGCCGUGUUUACGGACAGUAUUCCUUUCCUUUUUGGUUCGGAAAAUGUUCCAGCCGAUGCCAUUGACGCGCAGAGAAUUUUCGGGGCGCACGGGC